UUACGGGCGGAUAUCAAGAGCCGUUUUCAGUUUGCGGACAGUCAUGGUCAACAUCUGAGUCCUUCUCUUUGCUUUCAAGAAGAAAGGCUCGCAGGGAAAUAUCCGCCGCAUCUGCGACGAGGGACCUUGUAAUAAUGGGUGACGAAUCUGUCACAGCAAAUACACUCACUCAUUGUGCACCAUCCACAGUCGUAAUGACAUAGGAAGCCAACAGUUGUCGUGUUCAUCUGCAUUUAACUGGGUCAAAGCCUGUCACAGCCACACGUGAAGGGCGCAUGCGCAGUGUGCAGGCUGCCCGUUAGUGCCAUAGCAACCAGAGGAACGACGUCAACCGUCAACAUGCAGGCCAAAGCAACGACUGUGAAAGAAGCCCUCGCCAAAUUGGAGGAGAAGUCGGGGGAGAAAGUGAGCGAGAGCAAAGCCAUAAAACUGUAUGGUCAGGUUCCUCCUAUAGAGAAGAUGGAUUCCUCUCUGUCAAUACUCACCAACUGCGAGAAGCUCUCUAUGUCCACAAACUGCAUUGGAAAAAUCACCAAUCUCAAUGGCCUGAAUAACUUGAAGAUAUUGUCAUUAGGAAGGAAUAAUAUUAAGUCGUUCAAUGGGCUGGAGGUAGUGGCAGGCACAUUAGAAGAGUUGUGGAUCUCCUAUAACUUGAUUGAGACACUAAAGGGAAUUGAAUCCAUGAAGAAACUCCGAGUCCUCUACAUGUCUAACAACCUGGUCAAAGAAUGGGAAGAGUUUUGCAGGCUGGCCAACUUGCCCUGCCUUGCAGACCUGGGGUUUGUUGGAAACCCUCUGGAGGAGAAGCAGUCGGCCCAGGGAACCUGGAUGGAUGAAGCCUCUAAAAGACUACCCAACCUCCGGAAACUAGAUGGAACCCCAAUCAUCAAACAGGAAGUGGAUGAAGCAGAUGGAGAGAGCUGAGGAGCAUAUCUGAGUUUUGUAUGGUUGGGCAUGGUGCUUUUCUUUUUAUAUAAUCAUUUUUACAACAGCGUUCACUUUAUUAACGAUAGAAGAGCACAAGUCAACCAAUAAACACAGAGUUUAUGUUUUAUAGAACGCAAAAAGUUAAAAAAUAUCAAUGCUUAAAGUGGCAAUCUUGAAGAUUUACAAGUGAAGGAGUGUGAUGAUUAUUUGCAGAUACUGGGUGUCUGGGGUUUCAUUACCGGAAAUAAAUGCUAUAUUCAAAAAUUUUCUAAACACACAAAAGAUAGAAUUUCUAUUUGAGUGAAAACCGUGAGAUUAGAAUUUGAGUCUAACAAUGUCUGCGUUGGUCCAAUUCCACCUGGACUGAAAUCUUAGCGAUUGCCACUUUGAGGCCUUGUGGGCCAGGGACCAAAAUGGACCUUAUCAGUGGUAAUACCGGAUUAGCUAAAUACUAUUUAUGGGCCAAAACACUGUCCUCCCUCAAUGAAGAAACUACUAUAUAAGAUGUGUAAUGCUACAUUUACAUCAUAUUAGACUAAGUAGGUAAAUGAUUGAAGAUUGACCGCCUUCAGGCAGGACUGUGGAACCAACAUUGCCGAGAGUGUUAACUUGCAUGCACAAAAAUACAUCCACAGCUGUGUUUGGCACUGUGUUUUAGGUGUUUGUAUUUGUACACUGUAUUUUACAGUCAUUUCAUUUUGGAUGUAUAGAUCACACAUCUUGCUUAUUUUUUCAAUGUGAUUCAAAGGAAUCAGGAA